GCACCUAAUGACCUUGUUCCUGGGAGAUAAAAAGGAAAUCACAGUCGAUUUAUAAACCUUUUUCUUUUGCAGAAAAUUCGAAUUCCAGAGUCCGAAGUGUGCAGGUCGUGUCGGAAGAGGGUCUACCCCAUGGAGUCGCUGAUCGCAGACAAACACAACUUCCAUAAAAACUGCUUUCGUUGUGAACACUGCAGAGGCAAACUAAGCCUUGGCACCUACGCCUCUCUCCAUGGACGAAUGUACUGCAAACCACACUACAAGCAAUUGUUUAAGUCCAAAGGAAACUAUGAUGAGGGAUUUGGACAGAAACCACACAAAGAACUAUGGAAUAAUAAAAACCAGCAGCAGAAUCCAGCUGAAAAAGUCAAAUCACCUGAGAAGAACAUCGUGGAUUCCGGAUGUUCUGCGGCUCAGGGCACAUUAGCUACUCAUGAUUGUGAUACAAGAAAAUCUGUGGAUGAAGACAAAAAGCUCACGAGUAAGAUUUCUGUCGUGUGGCCUCCGCAAACUGAUUCACCGAAGAAAGCUUUCACCGUGGAAGAGGAGUUGAAGUUGGUGAAGCCGCCAUGGCCCCCAAAGGAAGACUCAGCUCAGGAGAACCACCUCCUGAAUCCACCUGAGAAACCUUCAUUUAAAGAGGAUGAUAUUCCUGCAGCUCAAGCACAAAAUGGACCCCCGGAAAAUGACAAAGCGCAUGAGAGUGGCUGUUUAUUAGAGAGCGUGAAAAAGUCUGAAGAAACCCCAGCUUCCCCUGCAGCGGUCACAGAGGAACCGCUGAGUGUUGCUCACACUCAAGAAACGAAAGAAUCAAACAGUGGUCCUGAGGCCGGGGCACAAGCGGACUCUGAAAUGCACCCUGGAGUGGCAGAGACAGAACAAAGCAAAGGGAAUGGAGCUGUGGAAGAGAAGGAGGAGGAACGUGGAGAAAAGGUGGAGGAAGUGAAAGUGAAUGGAGACGAGGGGCAGAUGGAGAGUGGGAAGGAAGUAGAUAAAGGAAGAAAUGAUGGAAUGAGCAAUUUAGAGGCCUCAAAGGUGACGUUAGUAGAUGAGGAGGCGACGACGGAACAGGCGCUGAAUGCAAACGGCAACAAUAAUAACAAUAAUAAUGUCCAGACGCAGGAAAUUCUGUUUAAAGAGCUGAGUGAGGACGAGGAAAACCAGUCGCUCUUUUUGAUGGAUCCAACUCCAACGACAGAUUUCUUCCGAGCUGAUCACUGUGAGGAAUCCCACUGGAUGCCAAGUGAAGUGUUGCAACUGGCACAGAGGGAUGAUGCUUUCCUGACAGCGGGUGCCAAAUGCGCUGACGCCACAGACCACUUAGACACUAACUUCUUCACAGAGACAGCCGGGGGAGCGUUUGCUUUCAGACAGGAGGCCGCUGAGCCAAAGAUCAGCACAUCCAGCUUCCUCGAGGACAUCUUCGCCGUCCUGAGCACCAGCAGCUCCGGCCUGCUAUCGGAUUUCAAAUCUGACGCCUUCGGUCAACCCGCCGGGGAGAUGCGUGCGUUGUCGGCGCUGGAUGACCUUUUGGAUUUCGGGAUAGAAGCGAGAGGAAGCGUGGAUGAAGCGGAAGGAGCGAGAGGAAAAGAUGAGAGCGACACAGGCCAGGACGAUGAAGAUGAAGGUCUCACAGUGGAGGAGCAGAUCAAGAGGAACAGAUACUAUGACGACGACAGCGACGACUCUUGAAUUCAGCCCUUUAAUAACCAGGAUGGGUUGAUCAGAUAAUUUCACAUCAGUGUCCAUGGAGAGAUGAACUGCUCUGUUUUAAUUUAGUGUUUUUGUACUGUUUUAAAAUUCUGCUCUUUUAUUCUAUAUCUAGCUUUGUUUGAUGAAUGCACCUGGCGUGCAGAGAAAUUGAAUAUUUGUAUGUCUCUUGGUAUGCAUAUCUAUAUUUUUGCUGACCGACCAAAACAGAGCUUUAUUUUGAAAAACUUGCAUUAACUCUGUUUGUCUUCGGACGAGUGGCUGUUGGCUUUGGUUUUGUGUCAGAAUAAAGAGGGUUUUUUUCAUUUCUGGAUUGUCCUGAAAUAAAGCUUCAUGAACUCGA